AUGGCGAGCUCCUCCAGGAAAAGGGUACUGGUAGGUUGCACUGGUAGCGUAGCAACGAUCAAACUACCGCAGUUAGUAGAGAUGCUACGGCAGAAUAAUCUGGAGGUGAGGGUGGUCGUGACGGAGAGAGCAAAGCAUUUCUUGAAGGAUGUUAAGCUGCCGCCUGAGGUUCAAAUCCUUUCCGAUACAGUGGAGUGGGCCGCCUGGCAGGAUCGUGGCGAUCCAGUGCUGCACAUUGACCUAGUGAAGUGGGCGGACGUAUUCGUGAUAGCGCCAUUGGAUGCCAACACCCUGGGCAAGAUUGCCAGUGGCAUAUGCGACAAUAUCGUUACCUGCGUGGCACGCGCAUGGGACCCUAUGAAGCCGCUCCUCUUUUGCCCAGCAAUGAACACCAAGAUGUGGGAGCAUCCAGUUACGAUGCCUCAAGUAUCACUGCUUAAAUCCUGGGGCUACAAGGAGGUGCAUUGUGUGUCCAAGACGUUGAUGUGCGGUGACAUGGGAAUAGGUGCAAUGGCUGAGGUAGACACGAUUGUGCGAUCUACUCUGCGGGCCUUGAACCCCUGGAUGGAGGGAAUGGACUUGUAUCCCUAGCAGCGGCUGAGAUCGGCCUCUUCGUGCGAGCAUCGUCGACGACGCGAAUAUCGAUGAAGCUUCGUCACAUCGGGAGUGCCGAUUAUCCAAAGAGAUCUCCAAAGACGCGCUAUGGUGCGAUUCGAACAUACGCUUAAUAAGAUACACGCUAAUGUUGCUUAUCACUAAUAAAAAUUGGGGGACGAGCCUAAGGCCCAAAUCUGUUGGGCUGUAUAUGGAUCAUCAUGUGAUCAAGAGUUUACGUUUAUUAGUGAAAAUCAUCUAUAAAAUGUUCUCGAAUUGUGUUGUUCAUCGAGAACUUUAUUCUUUCGUUUGCUCUUGUAGGAGCAAUUGUGUCGUUAUAAAAUCAUUGUUAUUUAGAAUCUAUAUAAAUAGCGAAAUAUGAGUUUGAACGCAUCAUGGUCGUCAUAUCCCUUGCUCAACCCUGAAUAAAUCAACCGUACUGUGAGGAACAAAUAAGAUAAUCGUAAUUUUAUCUGUCCAGUUGAUGAAAUGCGAUGUAUAAAAAUGCUGUAAAGAAAUGAAAAAAAGUUCUGUUGACAUAUCCUAUAAAGUUGAUCCGCUGAAAUGUACAAUGCUUUUGUUAAAUAUAUGAACAAUAUAAUAUAUAUAUAUAUAUAU